GCUGGACAACAAUCUCAAGGCAUACAAACCCUCCUCGAGGCUGAGAAGGAAGCCUCCAAGAUUGUUCAGCAGGCCCGUCAAUAUCGCGUGCAGAAACUCAAAGAUGCCCGUACGGAGGCAACGAAAGAGAUAGAGGAGUACAAACAGGCAAAGGAACGGGAGUUCAAAGCCUUCGAGGCGUCGCACGCAGGCACAACGGUCAGCACGCAGACGGCAGUGGAUAGGGAGACGGAAAUCAAACUGCAGGAGAUUACAAAGUCUUAUAACGAAAACAAGGACGCAGUGGUCAAGAAACUGCUCGACCGCGUC